CUAUAAAGGCUAGAAUCGUAUAUUAUAUUUAUAUGUAUUUAUUGCACGUAUUGAUAUGUUGUAUGUACGUAUGAUGCAGAUAUUCUCAAACAUAACCCCGAAAUGAGCGGCAAAACCAACGCGUCGGUCAUCGAUCCCGUGACGGAAGAGCUCGCAGGCCGAGUGCGUGAAGUGGGCAACCAGGCGAUCUGGAGCUUGUCCAGCUGCAAACCAGGUUUUGGAGUCGAUCAGUUGAGAGACGAUAUGACAGAAACUUAUUGGCAAUCGGACGGACAACUGCCGCACCUUGUCAAUAUUCAGUUUCGCAGGAAAACGACGAUUCGCGACAUUUGCAUCUACACGGAUUACAAGCUCGACGAGAGCUAUACGCCAAGCAGAAUCAGUAUUAGGGCUGGGACAAACUUUAAUGACCUUCAAGAGGUGGAAGUUAUGGAUCUCAAUGAGCCCAGUGGUUGGGUAGUGAUACUUAUUAAGGAUGACAAUGAUCGGCCCAUCAGAACGUUUAUGCUUCAAAUAGCAGUUAUAAGCAAUCACCAAAAUGGACGAGACACUCACAUGAGACAAAUAAAAGUACAUAGUCCUGCUGAGGAUCGCUUUGGUCUUCAUUCGCAGAUUGUACCUGGACGUUUUGUCACUAACGAAUUUCAAAGAUAUGCCACUAUAAGAUAGUAGGGCUU